GCAGAGAAGGCGGGACUUCUGUGUGUAGCGCGGCGGUUAAGGAAAACCAAGCUCGUGUGUUUAUGCGCAUCAAAUUCUUCUUUUUUUAUUACAAAUAGUAAUUAUUCACUAAUGCGGAAUAAACAUUUGCACCUCGGACAGCUUAAACUCGAGUUCCAACGUCUCGCUGCGUCAUGAUCGCGCGCUCUCGCUGAGAUGUCCGGUUGCCACGGCAACAGCGACAGCAUCACGGGGCUGCUGGGCGCGCUCUGCGACUGCAGCAUCUCCGGGUUGUCAUGGAAACGUCGCGCUCUGGGCGCAGCGUCGCGGGAGUCAGCGCGUCGGACCCUGCGCAAGCGUGCGUACGGGGCGCUUCUCGCUGGACUCUUCCAGGACGGGUUGCCCAAACCGCCACCGAACGCCCUUGCGAACACACCUGCCCAUAAUAAAAUAUUGAUGAUCUCCUUUGACCUGCGCGUGUCUGGCCGCGAUGAGGAGGCGGAGAGGUUGGAGGAGCUCCUGGGUCAGCUACGGGACGGGGCGGGACUGUCUGAACUGGAUUCCGUCCUGGAACUUCUGGUGCAGCUGGCCGGGUCCGUGGCUCCGCCCCCUCUGUCUUUCAGUCGCGACUACAUGCGGCGGGAGCGUCCCGUGCAGCGCAGACCCCCGUUGGGUGGGUAUCUGAGCCAGGACAUGCAGCGGUUAGAGGAGAGGGCGUGGUCUUUGAUCUGUGGGGAGGAGUGGGGCGUGUUCGGGGGCGUCUGCAGGACCGUGAGCAUCAUGGACGCUCCGCCGGGCACCGGGCUGCUCGGACUGGGGCGCAGGCCGGAUGUCGAGGAGAGGUUUGAGAGAGAGACCCGACUGUCACUGUUUGGUGCCCUCCAGCACUCCAGAACCGCAGAUAUGGACAUCCGACUGGACCUGCCGCCCGUUCCCAGUAACGCAGACAUUACCGGACUCAGCAUACGGGUUCCUGCAGGUUUGGAUCAGUCUGAUGACGAAGGCUUCCAGUCUUCCUCUAAUCUGACUCCAGAUUCCCAAUCCGAGCCGAGUCCCAGCCCUGAGUUCGAUGUAUGGGAGGCCCUUCGGACAUUCGUGCCCGGCAGAAGGCGAUGUUGGGAGAACAUUGGCUGUCCACCGGGUCAGAAGGAACCCCCGUACCUGACAGAGGCCGGCAGAGAGGCGUUUGAUCAGCUGUACCGUCUGUGGGAAGGAGAAAUGAGGAACAUUCUGUCCACACAGACACCAUCACCGCUCCUUCCACUGCCGCUGGACUGCCAGAGUCAGCUGGUCAAAGACGUGCUCAAUGUGCUGAUCGGGGUCUCCUCCGCCACGUUUCCUCUCAACGAGGCUAGUGUGCAGUUUGAUGUUCGUCCGGAUAUAUGUGUGUCCGGGACGUCGCCUGAGAGUGUGUCUCGGCUGCUGUGUGAGCUUGCGCAGUACGGCACACACUAUCUGCGUCUCAGCCGCUUCUCUUUGAGCAGCGGGAGUCAGAAGGGACUCGUCUUCCAGGCCUUCACAGGUGGGCUGCGGCGUUACCUGCAUUACUACAGAGCGUGUGUGCUGAGCACACCGGCCUCUCUGAGUCUACUAAUUAUUGCUUGUCAUUUCCGCAAACUGGGACGUCAGCUCAGGUAUCUGUCAGAACUGUGUUGUGUGGAUGGAAUCGCCGGUGUGGGACGAGCAACAUUCCCCAUGGGUGUAAAACUGCUGUCGUGUCUGUAUAAUGAAGCUCAGAGUAACUGCAGUAAUGAGAAUCAUCCGGUGCUGCUGUCGCUGCUGAAGAGCAGCUGUGAGCCGUACACGAGGUUUGUUUCAGACUGGGUGUACAGUGGCGUCUUCCGUGACGUUUAUAAAGAGUUUAUGAUUGAGGUCAAUGAGGAUUAUCUGACCUACAGAGAUAAGAACUUUUGGACACAGGGCUACACUCUCAUUUCACGGGAUGCAGAGGACUGUGUGCCGGUCUUCCUCAAACACAUCGCCAAUGACGUUUACGUCUGCGGGAAAACAAUCAAUCUUCUGAAAAUAUGCUGCCCACAGCACUACAUCUUCUGGUCGGAUGUCCCGGUGCCCAGGAUCGCUGUGACAUUUUCCCUGCAGGAAGUUGAGGAGAUUGAGAGAGACUGUGCCGUGUAUCGAGGCCGAAUGGAGACGAUCGCUAGGCACAGCGCCAUCAGCAGGGAGGAGCAGGCCAUGCGGACUGAACAGGCCCGACAGGAGCUCAUUAACCAGGUCAGAGAGACAGCGGCCAAGACCCUGGAGAGAAUCAGAGGCCACCAGGUGUCGCAGCGUCUGGCGGAGGAGGCCCAGAAGAGAGAGCGAUUUAAAGAGAUGAAACAGCAGCUGGAGCUCGACCAGGAGUGGCGUAGUGCUGCGAGACGGAAGGAGCAGGAUGAUGAUUUCAGCUACGCUCGAGAGCUCAGAGACCGAGAGCAGAGGCUGCAGGCCCUCGAGGAGCAGCUGGAGCGCCGGGCACGGAUGGAUCUGAUCGCUCAGUACGGUCAGUUAUCAGAAGCCGCUGCUAGACGAGAGCUCAGAGCCAUGUGGAAGGUGCAGAGGAUGAAACUCGACGAGCGCAGAGUGAACUUCCUGCAGCAAGAACAACAGAACGUACAGGCUCUUCUGGAGAAGUUUCCUUUAGGUCUGAAGGUCCCCCCUCCGGAAACACCCUACAAACAACAGCCGGCACAGCUACACGCUGAGCAGAAUCUUAGUGAACAGCCAACAGCAGAUCCUCAUAUCCCAGAAUCCUCUGCUCCUCCCUGCUCUUCUGCCAAAGAUGUAACGCAUGCUCUCAUAUCAGAGGAAAUCGACAUUGCUGACUUCCUCCCCAAGCCUCCACGCAUCCCUGACAGUGGUGCCGUGACCCAGGCCCUCCGCGACAUUGGUUCUGACCUGUUGCAGUUUCCUCAGAAGCCACACGCAACAAACUCCCACAUACCUCUUGGACAAAAUGUUUCAGAAGUCUACGAGUCAGUCCCUGUGCCUAGUCAAUAUGGACAAGCAUCCAAGUCCAGCUUCCUAUUGGGUCAGUUUAUUCCAGAGGUGUCAGUAGGUCAGCCGAAGGCUAGUGUUCAUGGACACCCUUCACAGAGCUCAGUGCAGCUGAGAGACUCCACUGCCUCAGGGCUGAACAAGGGCCUGAUCCGCUCAGAGUCAAACACCCUUACACAAACCACUCAAGAGCGAACAUGUGAGGCAGAGAGCAGUAGCCAGUGUACAGAAAAACAACCAACUGGAGAAGAGACAGGAACAGAGCCCUCGGCGGCCAGCACAGGUUCAGAGCCAAAGCAAGCCACCCAGGAGCCAACAGAGAAAGCCAAGUCCUGUGAGAGUGUCAGCCAGCCCUCUCACUGUUCUCAGCCAGAGGAAGAACAAUCUGUGUCUCCUCUCAUAAGCUUCCAUGAGUCAGAGUCUGGUAUGAGGAAUAACAGCCGUGAUCCUGAUCCAGCACUGAUCUCAUUCCUGCCCUCCUCUGAUGUCUGUGGCCACGCCUCUGAUGCCCACAUCAGGGUUGGCGAUCAUGUUUCUGAGUUGACCACUCCCAUCCACUCUGCUAAUAUUUAUGGACAUGCAUCUGACGCCCAUAUAAGGGUUGGCGUACAUGUUUCUGAGGUAACCACUCCUCUUCUAACCCCUAAUAUUCAUGGCCAUGCCUCUGACGCCCAUAUAAGGGUUGGCGAACAUGUUUCUGAGGUAACCACUUCUCUUCCAACUCCUAGCAUCCAUGGCCACGCCUCUGACGCCCAUAUAAGGGUUGGCGAACAUGUUUCUGAAGUAACCACUUCUUUUCCAACCCCUAACAUCCAUGGCCACGCCUCUGACGCCCAUAUAAGGGUUGGCGAACAUGUUUCUGAAGUAACUGCUCCCUUUCCAACCCCUAACAUUCAUGGCCACGCCUCUGAUGCCCAUAUAAGGGUUGGCGAACAUGUUUCUGAAGUAACUGCUCCCUUUCCAACCCCUAACAUCCAUGGCCACGCCUCUGAUGCCCAUAUAAGGGUUGGCGAACAUGUUUCUGAAAUAACUGCUCCUUUUCCAACCCCUAACAUCCAUGGCCACGCCUCUGAUGCCCAUAUAAGGGUUGGUGAACACAUUUCUGAGGUAAAUGCUCAUAUCCCUGUCGCUAAUAUUCAUGGCCACGCCUCUGACGCCCAUAUAAAGGUGGGUGAGUUUGUGUCAGAUGUCACCUCCUCUCGCCCACUUUCGAGCAAGUUUGGUCACUCUUCUGACAGCACUCUUAAAGUGGGUUGUGUGAUGCCAGAUGCUGCCCCUUCAUCCACCCCUCUGCCUGGCAGCACUUACGGACAUGCGUCUGACUCUGUGCUAACAUUAGGGUGUGUUGUAUCAGGCAUAGACCCUCAACGCUCUCCAUUGCCUGGAAGUGAGUACGGACAUUCCUCACAGUCUACCUUGGGCAUUGGGUGUGUGGUCAGUGGGAUUGAGACCAUUCGGCCCAGCUCUCUUUACAGCGGAGACCGUGCACAUACAUCAGACUCUACUCUAGGCAUGGGUUGCGUGGUUGGCGGGGUGGUACCAGGGAGUUUGUACGGUGACAGACUUCCAACCAUAUUUGACCGAGCAUCAGAAGAGACAGAGAAACCAGCUGACACAGACACCCAGGCGCCCCCUAGUGAGCUGUUCUCCCUGGAUGAGGGACUGACUGCCUGGGCUCUGGGACUAGGAUUGUCCCCUAAAAAGAGUCCAGAGGAUCGCUAUCUUCUCAGCCUGGCCUCACAGUACCAAGUCGAGCAGUAUCAGGACUCAUACGGCCAAAUGACUGCGGCUCCAGAAUCUGAGCUGCUGCUGCAGGUCACACGGGGCCCGAACGGCCUUCCUGUCGACCCCUCCCUGCACCAGGCCACUGAUUCCACUGCUGUUCAGCUCAGCGAGAUGAUGCCACUUCCUGUUCUCAUGAAACACUCUGUUACAACGCCACUGAUUACACAUGUGUCCAUGGUAAAUAAGGCCGUGGUGGAUUAUUUUUUCGUGGAGUUGGGCGUGGAGAAGCAUUUUGAGACACUCAGGCAUUUCCUGUUAAUGGAGGAUGGAGAGUUUGCCCUCUCUCUCAGCGAUCAGCUCUUUGAGAAGCUGGGCAGUGGUCAGACGCCCGGUGAGCUGCUGACCCCGCUGGUGUUGAACUCCAUUCUGAAUAAGGCGUUACAGUACAGCGUUCAUGGGGACAGCGAGCUGGCGGCUCACUUCACGUUUGCACUAAGAUACCUCCCUGAGAUCUUCCACCCUCACGCUCCAGACUCGCUGAACUGUCUAGAGCUCCGAUACAAGGUGGACUGGCCAGUGAAUAUCGUCAUCACGGACAGCUGUCUGAAUAAAUACAACAGACUCUUCUCCUUCCUGCUGCAGCUCAAACACAUGGUGUGGUCCCUCCGAGACGUCUGGUUUCACCUCAAGAGGACGGCACUGGUAAAAGGUGCCGGUCGCUCCGUCCAGUUCCAUCAGCUGCAGCUGUACAGACACGAGAUGCAGCACUUUGUGAAGGUGAUCCAGGGCUACAUCGCUAACCAGAUCCUUCAGGUGUCCUGGAGCGAGUUCACACACAAACUGAGCAGUGCCAAUGACCUGGACGCCAUCCACCGCACGCACGCCGAAUACCUCAAUAGAGCUAUCUUCAGGGGUUUGCUGACAGAGAAAGCCGCCCCCGUCAUGAACAUCAUCCACAGCAUCUUCAGCCUGAUCCUGAAGUUCCGCGGACAGCUGAUCGCGCAGCCGUGGGAGCUCCAGCAGGGGGAGCCAGUGCAUCCCAGUUUCAUCGCCAUGCAGCAGUCCUACAACACCUUCAAGUACUACUCCCGCUUCCUGUUCAAAGUGGUGACCAAACUGGUGGAUAAAGGCUAUCAGCCCCAUCUGGAGGACUUCCUGUUGCGGAUCAACCUCAAUAACUACUACAAAGACUCUUGAUUGUGGUGUGUGUGUGUGUGUCCUCUGGACCUCCUGCUUCAGUGUUCAUGUCAGUAUGUAUGGUAUGUUUUAUCGCCAAAGCUGCGCCCAUAAAUCUGAACGUUUCCUGUUGUGCAGUGAUGUUUUUUGAUCCACAAAAGCUGAAUGAUGUGAUAUGUAAAAUAAAGUAUUUAAUUUUCA